AAUUGAAUUUAAAUAGGAUAAAGUAGUAAUCCUAAUUUUAAAUAUUUUUUUACGGAUUCAUAUCGAUCGGCUCAUUGUGGUUCUUCAUUGUGCCAUGUCAUCCGGCAGCUGGGGUCGGAGUCGCCCACGGCGCCCGCGAGGAGCUUCCAGAUGUGCGCGCACAGUGCCACGAAGCUCGACGCGCGGCGCCCGCCGGCCUCAGCCUGGAGCGCUUCCAGGUCGGCCGCCUCGAUGCGGUACAGGCGAUGCCGGAUGGCCGCAGCCAGGAGGGGGUUGAUCAUGGUCUCCGGCUUGACUGGUGUUGUCUACUUGUUCUGGUUUCCUAAACGUCAGUGUCCCAUGGCAACAGCCCGUGGUUCGGCGGUCAGUGUCCCAUGGCAUCCAGGCGGUCUGUUCCGCCGGCACGCCCAGGACGAUCCGGUACGUGCGGGCGGACGAUUUCUGGAACUUCAACCAGCUCGGAUGGGCCACGUUCCAGUUCCAUGGCCGGUCCGUGUUCAACCUGAGAACGGACAAUGCGAUCUUCUUCUUCGGCAUAAUGGUGUGCGUCCGGCCCGGCGUCAACGGGCGGCUGACCCCUCUGGUCAUCGAGCUGCCUCGCAGCGAGGAGACCAUGGACAUCGAUCAUCGUCCUCACUACCGGGUCAGCAGCUGCUGAGGAGUUGCGGUACCCAAUGUUGUUGCGCCAUAGAGGAAUAUACGAGCAGGACUUCUGACAACAGCUUCACAAUUCAUCUUUUCAGAAAUCAAAAGCAUUGCUGCUUCAGAUACAACGACAUGAGAAUUGGCUUGUCUUGUGUGUCCAGAUAGUUUCAGAAAUCUCAGAGAAACUUCUGUUUCUGUUAGUUAGGUUUUAUACAUUCUCCUGACAGGAAGCAACUUGUCUUGGCACUUCAGUUGCAAAACUUGCAAACUGCCGAAAGCAUUAUAUGGAAAUAACGCAGUACGGU